ACAACUGGCUAUGGAACCGAAUCGGGCUUGGCCCUGAGGCUUGUGAACGGAGGUGACAGAUGUCAGGGCCGGGUGGAGGUCCUGUACCGAGGCUCCUGGGGCACCGUGUGUGACGAUAGCUGGGACAUCACCGACGCCAGCGUGGUCUGCAGGCAGCUGGGCUGUGGCUGGGCCGUUUCAGCCCCAGGAAGUGCCCGGUUCGGGCAGGGCUCAGGGCCCAUUGUCCUGGAUGACGUGGGCUGCUCAGGGUACGAGACUUACCUGUGGAGCUGCUCCCACAACCCCUGGAACACACACAACUGUGGACACCAUGAGGAUGCCAGCGUCAUCUGCUCAGCUGCACAGAUCACCUCCCCUUCUCCAGAUUGGCGGCCCGCAACAAGUACAGCCGCUCUGAGAACCGAAUCGGGUUUGGCCUUAAGGCUGGUGAACGGAGGUGACAGGUGUCAGGGCCGGGUGGAGGUCCUCUACGGAGGCUCCUGGGGCACCGUGUGUGACGACAGCUGGGACACCAACGAUGCCAACGUGGUCUGCAGGCAGCUGGGCUGUGGCUGGGCCAUUUCAGCCCCAGGAAGUGCCCGGUUCGGGCAGGGCUCAGGGCCCAUUGUCCUGGAUGAAGUGGGCUGCUCGGGGCAUGAGACGUACCUGUGGAGCUGCUCCCACAACCCCUGGAACACACACAACUGCCAACACAGCGAGGACGCCAGCGUCAUCUGCUCGGCUGCCCAGACCCAGACCACGGCUGUGCCAGCUACCCAGACCCAGACCACAGCUGUGCCAGACUGGUGGUAUCCGACAACUGGCUAUGGAACCGAAUCGGGCUUGGCCCUGAGGCUUGUGAACGGAGGUGACAGAUGUCAGGGCCGGGUGGAGGUCCUGUACCGAGGCUCCUGGGGCACCGUGUGUGACGAUAGUUGGGACAUCACCGACGCCAGCGUGGUCUGCAGGCAGCUGGGCUGUGGCUGGGCCGUUUCAGCCCCAGGAAGUGCCCGGUUCGGGCAGGGCUCAGGGCCCAUUGUCCUGGAUGACGUGGGCUGCUCAGGGUACGAGACUUACCUGUGGAGCUGCUCCCACAACCCCUGGAACACACACAACUGUGGACACCACGAGGACGCCAGCGUCAUCUGCUCAGCUGCACAGAUCAACUCCUCAACUCCAGACUGGUGGCCCCCAACAACUACAACCACUCAGAGCUCCUUUCCAGGUUGUGGCGGCUUCUUCUUCAGUGCCAGUGGGAACUUUUCCAGCCCAUUCUACCCUGGAUACUACCCCAACAAUGCCAACUGUGUCUGGGAAAUACAAGUGAACCCCGGCUACCUCAUAAACCUGGGCUUCGACAGUCUGCAGUUGGAGACACACAGUAGCUGCAGUUAUGACUAUGUUGAAAUCCUUAAUGGACCACUGAGCAGCAAUGCCUCAGCGAGGAGAAUCUGUCGUUACACCAGGGAAAUAUUCACUUCUCAUUCCAACCGACUGACUGUUCGAUUUCGGAGUGACGGCAGUGUCCCAAACACUGGUUUUUCUGCUUGGUAUAACUCCUUUCCAAGAGACGUCAGCUUGAGAUUGGUGAAUUGGAACUCCUCCCGUCCCACAUGUGCUGGGCGUGUGGAAAUCUACCAUGGUGGCCAGUGGGGAACAGUGUGUGAUGACAACUGGGACAUUCAAGAUGCCCAGGUGGUGUGCAGACAGCUGGGCUGUGGAUCUGCAGUCUCAGCCCCAGGAAAUGCCUACUUUGGCUCUGGCUCUGGCCCCAUCACCUUGGACGACGUGGCGUGCUCAGGGGCAGAGGCUAACCUCUGGCAGUGCCGGAACCGAGGCUGGUUCUCCCACAAUUGUGGCCACUAUGAAGAUGCUGGAGUCAUUUGCUCAGGUAUUGGGCUCAUCGGCAUUUCUCCCUUUGUCCCAGCAGCAAAUUAUUCCUGCGGAGGCUUCCUGACCCAAUUUUCAGGGAACUUUUCCAGCCCAUUCUACCCUAGGAACUAUCCCAACAACGCCAAGUGUGUGUGGGACAUUGAAGUUCAAAACAACUACCGGGUGACUGUGGUCUUCAGAGAUGUCCAGCUGGAAGGCGGCUGUAACUACGACUACAUUGAAGUGUAUGACGGCCCCCACCACAGUUCCCCGCUGCUCUCCCGGGUUUGUGACGGGGCAAGGGGCUCCUUCACCUCAUCGUCCAACUUCAUGUCCAUUCGCUUCGUCAGCGACUUCUCCAUCACCAAGAGAGGGUUCUCGGCCGAAUAUUACUCCAGUCUCUCCAAUGGGAACACGAAGCUGCUUUGCCUGCAAAAUCACAUGCAAGCCAGAGUGAGGACGAGCUAUCUCCAAUCCUUGGGCUACUCUGCCAUGGACCUCGCCAUUCCCGGCUCAGACAGAAACUACCAGUGUCAGCCCCAGAUUACGUCGAGCCAGGUGACAUUCACGAUUCCCUACUCUGGCUGUGGCACCAGCCAGCAGGUGGAUAACGACACCAUCAUCUACUCCAACUUCCUCAAAGCGACUGCUUCAAGCGGCAUCAUCAACAGGAAGAGGGACCUCCAAAUUCACUUCAGCUGCAAGAUGCUCCGGAACACCUGGGUUAACACAAUCUACGUUACUAACGACACCAUCGAGGUUGAGAACAUACAAUACAGCAAUUUUGACGUGAACAUUACCUUUUACACAUCCUCUUCAUUCCUGUAUCCGGUGACCAGCAGCCCAUACUUUGUGGACCUAAACCAGAAUUUGUACCUUCAGGCUGAAAUCCUCCGUUCUAACGCCUCCCUCGCCUUAUUUGUGGACACCUGUGUGGCAUCACCGAAUCCCAAUGACUUUACAUCUUUGACCUAUGAUCUCAUCCGGAGCGGGUGUGUGAAGGACGAAACCUACCGAUCCUACCACCAGCCCUCGUCCAACAUCGUCCGCUUCAAGUUCAGUUCCUUCCACUUCCUGAACCGCUUCCCCUCCGUGUACCUGAAGUGCAAGAUGAUCGUGUGCAGGGCGUAUGACCCCUUCUCCCGCUGCAACAGAGGCUGCCUCGUGAGGGCCAAGAGGGACGUGGGCUCCUACCAGGAGAAGGUGGACGUCGUCCUGGGACCCAUCCAGCUGCAGCCCUCCCCCCGGAAGAGGAACCUGGACCGGCAGGUGGUGGGCACAGAGGAGGAGACGAGCACCCACGGGAGCUACCACACUGCCACCGUGUUUGUCGGAGUCCUCGUGGUCAUGGUCGUGGCCGUGGCAGCCUUCGCACUGGGGCGGAGAGUGCUGGCGGCCCGUGCCCAGCCUCCGAGCACUAGGAUGUGAAGCAGGAGGAUGCGCGGUGCUCAGACCCAAGUCCCUGUGCUCUGGAGCCGAGUGAGGAGGGAGGACACCAGUGUCCAGAGCUUGCUACCCAGACCACACAACUGGGUUAAACCCUGGCCUGGUGCAUGGUGGGGGUGGACGGAGGAGGGGGGUGAGAAAGAUGAGAGCAGGUUUUCCCGAAACACAGGCUCCGCGCAGGGACAAAAUGUCAGGCAAGCAGGUCGGGGACCUAAAAAUCCCGCCUGCAGCUGGACGCUUACACACUAGGAGCACUUGUGGAUAGAAUUUCUUUUCUGACCUUUUAGGAACCAGAUUCUUUGGCCUGGGGUGUAUAUAUCUUGGUCUUUCCUUGUUAUAGGGCAAGUUGAAUAAAGAACUUUUUUCAGAGCAA